AUGUCGCGAGCAAUAGACACUGGCUCGACACAGGCGGCGCUGGAGCCUUAUGUCUACUCUGAUUUGCCGACGGAGAACUCGAUCCGGCUGAUCCAGAUCACCCCGGACGAGUCAAAGAGCCAGGGCUUUACCCUGCAGCUCAAAACGUGUACCUUGGACGAUGUGCCUCCAUUCUGGGCCCUCUCGUACACGUGGGGUUCGUCGGACUUCGACGACGGCGCUGACAGUCUCACCACCCCCGAGACCCGAUAUGUCCAGGUUGAAUGUGAAGGCCGAGGUCUCGAGGUCGGCGAGACCCUCUUUGACUUCCUCACCCAGGUCAAAGACGACAUGAUCAACGUUUCAGGGUCACCACCACGACACCGGGUUCCUCCUCGUAAUUAUGCGGCUAGUCCCCGGCAUCGUCUACUCUUCCCCGCCAACCCCUUGAGCCUGUGGGUUGACGCCAUCUGCAUAGACCAGCGCAGCAGCCGCGAAAAGUCCCAGCAGGUCCAGCUGAUGGGCCGCGUCUACGAGGCCGCGCGCAACGUCGUCGUCUGGCUCGGCAGCGCGGAGCCCAACGACAACGUCUCCUGGGUCUUCGACACCUUCGUCCCCGUGAUGCGGGCCGAGGCCCGGUCGAGCGCCACCGUCGCCCUCCUGCAGGAGAUCGGGCCCGAGCUGGACCACCCGGGGGCCACUUGGCUGCUCGGGAGGGACUUCUGCGACCGCUGGCGCCGCUCGUACCCGGACUACUUCGCCUUCUUCCUCCGGAAGCGCUGGCUCACGCGCGGCUGGGUCGUCCAGGAGGCCGCGCUGCCCGCCCCCGCCGACAUCGUCCUGCAGUGCGGCGCCGCGCAGUUCUCCUGGUCCCGCGCCAACCGCCUCUCGGCCUUCAUCCUCACGGUCCGCUGGGACGCCGAGCUCAUCGGCCGCCUGGGCCGGCGGUUGCCGGACUGGGAGAGGCGGCCCGGCACCAUCGACCGCCUGUGGAACCCCGUGCAGAACUCGCUGCCCGCGUUCGGCGGCGACGCGGUCGGCCGCCGGAUGGCCGAGUGGCAGAGGCAGCGCUGGGGCGCCUCGACGGACGAGGAGAUCCGGCACGCCGAGGUGCUGCACACCUUCCACAGGCUGCGCAUCUACCGCUUCGAGAACCCUGUCGACCACAUCUACGGCGCGCUGGGGCUCGUCGGCCGCAUCCUCGGCCCGCGGUACGAGCUCGGCGUCGUGCCCAGCUACGGCGUGCCCGUCGAGCUUGCGUACACCCGCGUGACGGCCUGGCUGCUCCCGCACUUGCCGAACCUCGACGUCCUGGGGCUGGCGGGCAUCGCGGAGGGCCGUCGCGAGAACCUGCCCUCCUGGGUCCCGGACUUCUCGUUCCACGGGCCGGGCCACUAUGCUUCGCUCCAGAGGCUGAGGCAGCUUGCCAACGGGUGCCGUCCCUUUCACCCCUUCGAUGCCUCCGGCACCCACGUGGCGUCGGGGAGGCACGGGGCGCGGAGUGAGGAGCCUGCCGCCCUCACCCUCCAGGGCGUUCUCAUCGACGAGAUUAGGGAAACGCGGAGCCUCGAGCAGUCCGGACACGGCGUCAUCACCGACGUCUCGUGGCUGCUUGAUUUCUGCGACCAACGGGGCUUCUACAGGCUCACGGGACAGCGCUUUGCCGAGGUGGCCGUGGCGACGCUGACUGCCGAUCUGCAGCCGGAGCAGGGCUACGGGGAUGGCCCCGUGCAGUGGGUGCGGCGAUGCAUCUCCUACAAUGCCGCCGCCGGUCAUCAGGGCGGGCCUACAGACCCGGACACGCUUGAUAAGUUGAGGGCGAAAAGCGCACAUCCUGGAGCUGGAGGCCACGGUGACCCGUUCAUCACGCUGGGCGAUGCCCUCGCGAUGUCCGCCAAGGAGGGCUUUGUGCCGCGACUGACGGACGACCCUGUUUCCAGGAUUGUGCAGUUCAUCACCCCCGGGAGACGGGUGCUGGAAACGAAGGAAGGGUAUCUGGGUCUUGGACCUGCGGCUGCCAUGACCGGGGACGAGGUCUGGCUCAUCCAGGGGAGCCGGAUGCCGCUGGUGCUGAGGAAGACACCCGCCGGCACGGUAGCCAUUGGCGAUGCGGAGGGAAUCGGAAGGGGGGCGUAUGCUCUUGUCGGCGAGACUUACCUCCAUGGUGUCAUGUACGGGUCGAUGAUGACGAAGGAUGUGAUUGACAGCUUUCGACCGGUUGUCCUUUGCUAG